ACAGACAGCAGUAGCUCAGCAGAAGUCCUGACCAUCCACCGAGUCUCACAAUGAGGACGCUAACUGUUGUUCUGUUGGUAUUUUGCUUUCAACAAUCUAUUGGAAUGAGUGUGGGAGGUAACAGGCAAGGGUCCAGGAGGGAGGUCCGUGAGGUCGAUGCCCCAGCACCUAUUGACUGUAAAAUGUCUGCAUGGUCUGCGUGGGCGGAAUGUGAUCCCUGCACUAAAACAAUGAGACGUUCCAGAGGCAUUGAAACGUUUGGGCAGUUUGGAGGUCGAAAGUGUAUAGAGCCUAUUGGAGAGAAAAAGCCCUGUGUACCAACAACUGAAUGUCAACAGGACCCCCCACCUGUCUGCAAAAGCACUGAGUUCCAGUGUGAAUCAGGGGUGUGUAUUAAACAAAGGCUGGUAUGCAAUGGAGAUAAUGACUGUGGUGACUUUUCUGAUGAAGAAGAGUGUGAAAAGAUUCGUGCUCCAUGUGGGAACACUCCUGUGACGGAGUCAGAUAUUGGCCGAGCUGCAGGAUAUGGCAUCAACAUUCUGGGCUCUGGCCCUCGCAUGAACCCUUUCAAUAAUAAAGUUUAUAACGGUAUGUGUGAGCGAGUCAAGGACCCGUCCACCCUGCAGUACAACAGAUUACCCUGGAAUGUUGCUGUACUUAACUUUGAGACUCUGGUAGAGGAGUCCAGUUCUAAAGAGAUGUAUGAAGACACCCACUCCUUGAUCAAAGAGCUGACAGAAGAGGUCACCAGCAAAACCUCCUUGGGACUGUCUUUCAAGUUCACACCCACUGAGAACCUGAAUGACUCGUUCAGCGUCUCAACUGGAUUUAACACUGCAACUGACAAUUCAAACAUAGUUAAAACCAUCACUGAGGACAAAACCAUCAAGGGCAAGACUUUCUUAAGGAUGAAAGGCAAAGUGCAACUUGGAACAUAUAGGCUGAGGACACGCAACCUGGAGGUAUCAGAGACAUUCCUGGAUGAUGUGGAUGCACUGCCUAUCAAAUAUGAAAAGGGGCAGUAUUUUGGUUUCAUGGAGGAUUAUGGAACCCAUUAUACCAAGAAUGGUAGAUCCGGAGGAGAAUAUGACCUUGUAUAUGUGCUCAACAGUGAGAUAAUGAGUAAAAAGAGGGUAAAAGAGACCACAGUGAAGGGUUGCUUGAAAAUUGGGUUUAACGCUAAUAUCCAGAUUAUUAACGCCACUCUAGGACAGUUUGAUCCAGGGGUACAGUCUACACCAAAAGAUGACUGCAAAGUAAUGACAGAGAAGGACGAAGGGAGUGGUGAAAAUAAGGCGAUUAUUGAUAAAGUGAUAAGCUCAGUGAAAGGGGGCUCCCCUCAGUCUGCAGCAGCCCUGAAGUCUCAGCUCAGUAAAGAAGGGAUGCUGGACUGGCAGCACUUCGCAGAGUGGGCGAGGUCAAUCGGAGACCUGCCUGCCCUGAUCUACAGUGAGCCGGAACCCAUCUACAACGCAAUCCCUCUGACCUUCCCUGAUGCCCUUCCAAGGAGAGAGAACCUGCAGAGGGCGCUGCACGAGUACAUGGCCGAAUACAGUGUGUGCAAGUGCCAGCCAUGCAAGAAUGGAGGCACUGUGGCUCAGGUGGAUGGUCAAUGUGUGUGCCUGUGCCCGGUGCAGUUUGAAGGCAUUGCCUGCCAAAUCCUCCGCCAUGAGCUAAUGAAAGAUAAUAGCAAGCCUGUUCAGCAGGAGGGCAACUGGGCCUGCUGGUCAGCCUGGUCCAGCUGCAGUGGUGGACGCCGCACCCGUAAACGCAGCUGCAACGCAGGUACCACUGCAGGAGCCACCUGCAAAGGAGACACAGUCAGCGAGGAUUAUUGUUAAUGCAGCUGUCUAAACACACACACACUGAUAAACAGCAUACCCUUCGAUUUUCACAGUUGAAUAUUUCUUAAUAAAACAAUGGUCUGUCCGGAAUAAAAUUGUUCUCAUUAUUUUUUGACACCGGUUAAAAAAGCAAACCUAUUUUAAGUCAAUUAACUACAAUUUUAGAUCUUUAUUUUCUGUAAACCAUUGUUUGUGUUUUUAGACACACAAGUUUCUAUAUAUAAAAAAUAAGAAUAUGGAUCGAACUGGCAAUUAAAACGUUAAUUUAGUAAAUCUCAGUUAGUGUCACCCUUAUUGUCAUUAUACUAGAGGUCACAUGACUGAAGUCUAUUAAUCAUCUUCUCCUAAGAAAGGCGUGACGUUGUGCACAGCUGUGAAAUGUUUAUUUUAUUAUGUGCAUUAGCAAAUAAACAGUAUGUUCAAGUAAA